AUGGCUUGCGAUUUUGCUAUGAAUAAUGCUUGUCUGAAGAAAGAGGUAGUCUUUUCUAUAGACAAACCAAAGUGGCAUGAGCAUACUCUUUCUCUGUUUCCAAGACAAGCUUUCUUAACUUGUAACCUCUGCGGCAUGGCUGAUGCAAGAUCUCCUAUCUAUAUGUGUCCUCCUUGUGACUUCGUCCUCCAUCAAAAGUGCAUAAAUAUACCACGAGUAAUAAGGAUAUCACGUCAUUACCAUCGUAUCUCUUUUACCUAUUGUUUUGAAAAAGGAGAUUUUUUUUGUGGUGUUUGUCGCAGAAAUAUCGACAAUAAUUAUGGGGGUUACUCUUGUAUCAAGAAAGGUUGUUUGUAUGCGGUUCAUUCAAGAUGUGCUACACAGAAAAAUGUGUGGGAUGGUAAAGAACUUGAGGGAGAGCCAGAAGAAGACACUGAAGAAGUUGAGCCGUUUGUGAGGAUUAGCGAUGGAAUUAUUCAGCAUUUCAGCCAUCAACAUCAUCAUCUAAGGAUCGAUGAGAACACAUCCAGAGAUUAUGAUGAGAACAGGGGGUGUCAAGCAUGCAUCACACCAAUUUAUUUUGGUAACUUCUACUCAUGCAUGCAAUGUGAUUUCAUUCUCCAUGAAGAAUGUGCAAAUCUUUCUCGCAAAAUAAAUCACCCUACACAUCCACAUCCGCUCACUCUAGGAUAUGAUAGUGUUGAUCAGGACUUUACGACUCUAUGUGCAGCGUGUCCCCAUUAUAUGUGCAUGACUGGAUUCUUCUAUGGGUGUAGUAACAAAGGAAGCACUUUCAACCUGCACGUCAAGUGUGCCACAGUUUCCGAGCCGUUAGUUCAUGAAAGUCACAAGCAUCCUUUAUUUCUAACAUCCAAACCAAAAGAGGAGCAAAGAAUAUGUUCGGUCUGCAAAGAAAAGCAAAUAAAUUUUUAUUCGACAAAUGAAACAUUCAAUUGCUUUGAGUGUGACUUUGCAUUUUGUUUUGGAUGUGCUACAUUGCCUCAAAAGGUGAGGUAUACGCAUGAUGAGCCUGUGCUGACUCUUUCUUAUGGGCAGGAAAUAAGUACAAUGAAGAACUGGUGUGAAGUUUGCGAGGGAAAAAUAUAUCCGGGGCAACGGUUUUACGUGUGUGAUGAGUACUGUUGUGUUACCCUACACGUCGAAUGUCUGCUUGGGCGGGACUUAUACAUGAAGCCUGGUUCAUCUUGGAGGGUUUUAGAGGAACAUGUCAGCAUAGUACCCAACAAUCAUCAUAUGACUCGUCCUUUUUGUUUCUUUUGCAAAAAGCGCUGUCCACACAAGAUAGUUUUGCAGAUGUCUGGAUCAGGAUCAAUAUUUUGUUCCAUAGUUUGUAGAGAAGGUUCACGCAAGAGAGAAUGA